UAAGAGAAAUGACAUUUCCUGGGCUCACAGGGAAGUUUCCUGUUAAACAUUGUUCACAUCAAUGUAAAUGGGGCUAUGGAAUCAGGGCUUUUGAAAAUAUGUCUUACCUCUUUCCAGGGCCAUCUCCCAGAGGAUGGCUUUGUGCCGCCUCUUUUUGUGUGGACUGAAAAUGAAUUACACUAAUAACGUUUCAUUGUAUCCCAAAAGAAAAAAAUCAUUUGUCAAUUUUUUUCAAAUAAUUUUAUGCAGGGCAACAAAAUGAAAAUUAAAACCUCUGACUUUAAAUAUUGAGCAUCUUGGAACAUCACACAAUUUUAAUAGCUUUAUUUUUAAAAGCUGAGUGACACACUGGGCAGUACGAACCCUAAAGUUUGGGGGAUGCAACAAUUCUCCCCCCCCGCCGAAAGUGAUGCAGAAACCUUUUUUAAACUACUUUGAUGGCAAAUCAUAUGAAGUACAUGGGUUUCACUUUUUUAAAAAGCCAGUGUUUAUGGUUUUUAAUAAAACAUCUCUCUUGCUAGUUCAGCUUAUUAGACAAUUGAUAGCAAGUUGAAAGUCUAUUCAAUUAGUAAAUAUAUAACGAAGACAUUGCUUGAUUUAAAAAUGAUUUUCUUGGAUCAAUUCUAAUUCAUGGUCCUUUCAAAGAAACUGAGGCACACAGGUGGAGUACAUUCUGGACUGGAAGAAGAGAUUCUGCUUAAAGGAUAUUAUGUACUUGGUUGCUUCCUUCUGGAGAGAUGCUGUUUGGCCUGGCCCGCCACUGUAUCUCCCAGAGGCAAAAGUUAGAAUCGCUGCCCAAAGUCCCGCCUCCUCCGCCCCCCAGAUCUAAUUGGAAGUGGCAGAUCCAGAACCGAUGAGCAGUGAGAUUACAUUUCGAGCCAACUCCUUUGAAGCAUAUUGAAAAGGACUCCAUGAGCUAAAAAGUCGAGGUAAAACGUUUCCUUUUGGGAGAGAUGUAUUUUGACUUCACUUGGUGUUUGGCGGAGCCAAACUGCUCAGAUUGUUUUACAACCAAUAGGAUUUUAAUACCCUUCCUCAAUUCCGUCUCCUGCGAGCCCUACGUGAGCGUCUGGCAGAUUGGUGUCCUUCCCAAACAAGGUUCUAGCAUCAUCUCCACAAGUACGAUGACGGGCGAACAUCUAAUCACCCUUUCUUCGGCGUAGCCUAGUGUGUGGAUGUGGGAAGGGGCUCUGCGUGCAGUGAGGCGGGGGGGUUGAAGUUGCCCCCCCUUCCGCCUUUUGUCCCCCCAUGGGGGUCCCCAGCCCUCAGCCACCACUCGCCCUUCGGCCGCGUGCCGGCGCACGCUCUCCGCCAGGAGCGUCUGGGAAACGCCGACCGUUGCGCGCGCAGGCCCAGCGCAAACUUUCUGCGAGUGCAACUUGGACAUCCCCGGGGAGGUGGGGGGUGCGGGGCUCCAGGGGAGGAGGGGGCGCGAAGCGAGAGCUGAGGCGGCCGCGAGCAGCGGGGCGGAUUCCCGCUGGGCCGAGGGUCUGAAAGGGAGCCAAUCGGGCAGCCCCGGCUGCUGCCAAUCACGCGGCUCGCUCCAAUCCCACCCGUGCCAUUUCCAAAAUCUUGGUCCCACUGUGCAGCUCAAAUGUGGUGUGCACGCUGCCAAUCGCUGGAGGACAGAGUGGGGACGGGAAUGAGCAGAGUUAGGAGACCAGGACAAAGAAGUUAAAGAGCCCCUCAUAUAUACAUGUUUUUGGAGGAGGGCAGAGGGGGGAAAAAGUCACCCCCGUGAGGGUCUAUGGGUUUGAUUGUGUGGUCCUGAUGGAGCCCCCUUUGAGCAAGAGGAACCCGCCAGCGUUGAGAUUAGCGGACUUGGCAACGGCUCAGGCCAGGCCUCUUCAGAAUAUGACAGGCAUCCCAGCGCUGGCCAGCCCGCCCGCCCACUCCCAACUUCGCGCCAUAGCCACGCACCUCCGCCCUCGGGACCUGGGCGCUGACCUCGGCGUGGCCAUCACUCCGCUCGGACCCGAGCACAUGGCCCAGGCGAGCGCCCUCCGCCUCAGUCCUCCCUCCCAGGCACUCCCGGCACAGCCUGAGGCUCCCGCGGUCGCCGCCGGCGCUGCGGCCUCGGUGGCACAGCCCGGAGCCGGCACCUAUCCCGGCGGUGGGGGCAGCAGCAGCGUGCUGCCCUCCGCGCCACCGCCCCCGGCCCCUCCUCUUCCUCCCUCCCCUUCACCCCCUUCCCCUCCCCCUCCUCCUCCUGCCCUCUCGGGCUACACCACCACCAACAGUGGCGGCGGCGGCAGCAGCGGCAAAGGCCGCAGCAGGGACUUCGUCCUCCGGAGGGACCUUUCCGCCACGGCCCCCGCGGCGGCCAUGCACGGGGCCCCGCUCGGAGGGGAGCAGCGGUCCGGCACCGGCUCCCCCCAGCACCCGGCCCCGCCUCCCCACUCGGCCGGCAUGUUCAUCUCUGCCAGCGGCACCUACGCGGGCCCGGACGGCGGCGGCGGCGGCGGGGGUCCGGCGCUCUUCCCCGCGCUGCACGACAUGCCGGGAGCUCCCAGCGGCCACCCGCACCCGCUCAACGGCCAGAUGCGUCUGGGCUUGGCAGCAGCCGCGGCGGCGGCGGCGGCGGAGCUGUACGGCCGCGCCGAGCCGCCCUUCGCGCCUCGCUCCGGCGAUGCGCACUACGGGGCCGUGGCGGCCGCUGCAGCCGCCGCCCUGCACGGCUACGGAGCCGUGAACUUAAACCUGAAUUUGGCGGCGGCCGCGGCAGCCGCCGCGGCGGCCGGGCCGGGACCCCACCUGCAGCACCACGCGCCGCCCCCGCCGCCGCCACCGUCCGCGCCCGCGCCGCACCCGCACCCGCACCACCCCCACCUUCCAGGGGCGGCCGGGGCUUUCCUGCGCUACAUGCGGCAGCCAAUCAAGCAGGAGCUCAUCUGCAAGUGGAUCGACCCGGAGGAGCUGGCCCGGCCGCCGCCGCCGCCGCCACCGCCCCCGGCCGGCGGCGCCAAGCCCUGCUCCAAAACUUUCGGCACCAUGCACGAGCUGGUGAACCACGUCACGGUGGAGCACGUGGGCGGCCCCGAGCAGAGCAGCCACGUCUGCUUCUGGGAGGACUGUCCGCGCGAGGGCAAGCCCUUCAAGGCCAAAUACAAGCUCAUCAACCACAUCCGCGUGCACACGGGCGAGAAGCCCUUCCCCUGCCCCUUUCCGGGCUGCGGCAAGGUGUUCGCGCGCUCCGAGAACCUCAAGAUCCACAAGCGCACUCAUACAGGGGAAAAGCCUUUCAAAUGUGAAUUUGAUGGCUGUGACAGGAAGUUUGCCAACAGCAGUGAUAGAAAGAAACACUCCCAUGUCCACACCAGCGACAAGCCCUACUACUGCAAGAUUCGAGGCUGUGACAAAUCUUACACUCACCCGAGCUCCCUGAGGAAGCACAUGAAGAUUCAUUGCAAGUCUCCACCGCCUUCUCCAGGAGCCAUUGGCUACUCAUCAGUGGGGACUCCACUGGGUGCCCCCUUGUCCCCUGUGCUGGACCCAACAAGGAGUCGCUCUACCACUCUCUCCCCUCAGGUGACCAACCUCAAUGAGUGGUACGUUUGCCAGGCCAGUGGGGCCCCCAGCCACCUCCACACACCUUCCAGCAACGGAACCACUUCUGAGUCUGAAGAUGAGGAGAUGUAUGGGAACUCUGAAGUUGUGCGGACGAUACAUUAGAAUUUAUUAAAAAUAAUAGCAAAUAAAAUAGUAAAUGGGAGUCCUUGGACCAUAUCCUAACCUGAGACAAUGCUGAGCCUGGGAAAAUCUGUGACUCAGACUUGCCACCGGGUCUAAUUAGCCCUAUUUAUUUGGUAUGAAACCCUAUGGUGUUUGUACAUUUAAUUAAUUUAAUUAAGAUAUUUGGGCUUUUUUUCCCCCCCUAGAAAACAAACAAAAAACCAAGCUGGACUUUACACAUUGCAGGGGGACAGGGCUGGGAGCAAAUUGUACCAAGAAAAAUGAAUGGAGAGUAGUUGGUCAAGAUACACACUGCUAAUAAUAUAUAUAUAUAUAUAUAUAUAUAUAUAUAUGGAGAGAGAGAACAAUAAGUCAGAACUCCACAGAGCAACAAGGCCCUCUGCAUUUCCUAGAGUGCCUUGCAAAUGCCUUUGAUACCAUAACAUGGGCUUCUUUGGAGCCUCUUAGCCUCCUCCUUGGGCCCUAAUUCUGCAAAGUCCUCUUGAUUGUAAACCACACACUUGCUGCAUUGCCAACAGAUCUUGGGACUCUUAGACUGUACCUGUGUCCAAAAAUAUUUGUAAAAACCUUUUAAGUUCUAUUACUUGUCAUUUUCCAUUUCCACUUUUUAUUACUGAUCCCACCUAAACACUGUAUUUUUACACAGGAUAUUCAGUACCCUGCUUGUAUGAUUUAAAAAAAAAAAUGCAGCAACCUUGCUACAUUUCCAUAUAUUGUGCUACUGUGAUUGUUCAAGCAAAAGUGGAGAUAAGAGAAAAAGCUGCUGCAAAAGACAACUGUGAAACUGCUAUUUUAUAAAAUAGAAGGAAUUCAAGUGCUUUCUUUUUCCUGAUUUUUUUUAAAACUGAGAUCUCCGAUGCUGCCUCUCUACUAUGUUCAGACUUCUUGUGUAAUAAGGAAAUUAUGUUUUAGAUUCUAAGUUCUUUGAGGUGCCAGAAUUAACAGGCCAGGCUGGGGAGGUGUGAAGUUGGCGGCAUGCCUAUUUUUUUGAAAGCUGUUGUUUUUAAAAUAGGCCAACUCCUCUUUUAUACUCUUGUAUUAACCUUUUAAAAAGCCUUUAUUUUUCGAUGCCCGAAAGUGCAUUUUAAUGCAUUUUCUUCCACCUGAGCACUGAGCACACGGAACUCUGUCCCAUUUGAAAAUGACAGUGUGUGAAGUGUAUGAUUUACAUUAAAAGAGGGGAGGGAGUUGCUAUACAUAUUAAAAUUUUUAAAAGGUUUAUAGUUACCACCAAACAUUGAUGAAUGUGUGACCUUUGCCAGAGCUGUCAAGCUAGGAUAAAAAAGGUCAAGGACCUAGGACAAUAACUCUUAGUCAAUUUAUUUUCGGUUGGUACAACACAUCUUGUGUGCAAAAUGUAGUCCAUCAUAAACAUCAUACAAAUACACUAAAGAGCACUAAUUUAUCCUCGGAGACCCUGAAGACACCCCUCCCCAGGGUUUGUAGAAACUUGUUUCGUGUACUGUGAGUGGUUGUAGUGUUAUUGUUAAUAACCUGUAUGGGAACACUAUUUGUACAGCUGAAUUAAUUUAUUUUCAGACAUCCUUUUUUCUUUCCUGGAAGAGUUCAAAGCACACCAAAGAAUUAUAUUAUACAUUUUGGUGAAAGAUUGUUGUUUAUGAUCCAUGGUUUAUUUAAAAAAAGAAAAAGGAGAGAAAAUGGAAACAUAUAUUUUUAAACUUACUUGAAUGAACAACGUAAUGUGAAACCAGGACUCUUCCUGCAUGUCUUUUUUGCAUUGUGUUGAGAUUAUAUAUAGUUUAUAGAUAUAUUAUAUUCCUAGUACAGUGCAUGGUGCUGUCACUUUGAAAGCCUUUCAAUGUUGUCUUCAAAUUGUUAUGGUGAAUAUUAAACAUGCAGACCCUCCUUUAUAAAGAAGAAGAUCAUAAAACUUGAUAUAAAAUGAGUCUACAUUUAAAAGUUUAUUUGAUUUUCCUAUUCACUUUCAAAUCUCUUUCAAAUAGACAAAAAAGGUAUGAACUUUGGGGGGAUAAUUUAUGUAUUGUAAACUUAUUAGAACAAAAUAUUUCUGAUUUGUAACGAGUUGUUUUAUUUAUACAACUUUUUCAAUGGUAGUUUGCACUAUUCUUUAUUAUGCUACAGGUUUAUUUAUUAUGAAACAAAAGAAUAUGUAUUUUAUGUAUUUUGUCAUGCAUAGGUUAACCCUGCCACAGAUUUAUUGGUUCCUGAUACACCUAAAAUGAAAAACUUAAAAUGUGUACCUUCAAUAGAAAGCAAGGAUGAUUAUGGAGUAAAAAUUUAAUAAAGGUAUUCUUCCUA